GAGCAUGGCAGGAGGAGGGUGUGCGAGACGGUCCUCGCGCAACUGCUUAUCAAGGGUUCCUCCUCCUCGGCACAUGACUGAAGGGCUUCUCUCCUUCGCGGGUCCGCCGAACAUCAACCUACUAUAGCAUCACCAAACCCUAAAAUCCGUUCGGGAUUCAGAAAGGGCGGGUGUCAUGAGCCACCGCUGCGAGCCACGUCCAAGCUUUAGCAUCCUCAACCCAACCCGGUUAGUCCCUGGGUAUCAUGAUGUCCCGUCUGGCUGGAAUGUGCAGGCGACUAAAACCUAGCCAUCCACAAGCCUUGAUCCUACGGUACAUCAUCCAUGCAACUGUGACACAGGCUCAAAACUCAAAGUCAGCCUUGGAACCGCGGCGAGUGGUUCUUGAGCUUUCCUACUUGGGCAUUUCGACACAUACUUGGUCCGUGGGUGGCUCGGCCAUGGCGCACGUACUGUAUAUCUGCAGUGGAGAUCCUUGUAGAUCCGUAGAUCAUCCUGGUGGACUGGGGCUGCUUGUUGUCCUCCCGGUUGCUUCCGCUGAUAGUCUUGUGUUAGGAUAGAUAGCAUGCGAUCCGGUGAGCUGGUCCAACUCGAC